AAACAGUUAAAAACGAGCAAAGACGUAUCGAUUCUCCACUGGAUUCAAAAUGAGAAAUGGCCGCAAACGCUCUUCGAAAGCUCCCCCAACAGGGAACCGAAGGAUAUCAUCUCCCCGUCCAAAAUAGCCACGUCGUCGGAAGACACUGAACCUGGUGACACUGAAAUCGAAAAUUUCACGCCUUUCCUUGAAUCCAGGGGAUGCUUUCUAAACGGUACGAGUAAACCCGAUAAGGCGGAUAUUGCCCUGUGCAAAAAGCUGCUAAAGCGACAUUGCGAGGUUCCCAAAGACACGACCCUAGAUGAUUAUGAUUAUAUCCAACGGAUACUUCCCGAGAGAAACGAAACUGCUGUGAAUCUGGUGAUUGGGCGAUUAGUGGUCCCUUCGGCAGAGAUUGAGAUUGUCCGUGGUCGGAUUGAAUACGAGUACUUGAUCGACAGUAUCAAGGAGGUCUGGGACGGAUCAGUCGCGCUUGAUGAACCCCCCGGGAAUGACGCGGACAAUGCAAGGAAUGGACAAUGCCAAAUGCCAACGCCGCAGCCCGACUAUGCUGUAGGCUUCACGGAAGAAGCCUUCACCAAAGAGCAUUUUGCCAAACUUGAGCCCUUUAUCGGCCAACUAGGCCACAACUCUGUAUUUCGGGGUACGCUGGAAAUGCUUUUCCCUUUCCUUACUACAGAAGUGAGGUGUAGUAAGGCGUCUCUUGAAGUAGCGGACCAGCAUAAUGCGCACAGUAUGGCUCGUUCGUUAAGAGGAGUCGUGGAGCUGUUUAAGCUAGUGAAGCGCGAGAGGGAGCUGGAUCGGAAGAUCCUGGGCUUCUCGAUUUCUCAUAAUCAUGAUACUGUGAGGAUAUAUGGCUACUAUCCUGUGUUUGAAAUGGGCACAGUCACGUACCAUCGCUACUCCGUACACACGUUCAGCAUCACAGCGGCGAAAGGCAAGGAAAGAUGGACAUCGUAUAAAUUCGUCAUGGCCCUGUACAACGACUGGGUCCCAGUUCACUUCCAACGACUGGUCUCGGCAGUCAACGAUUUACCCGCGGGCGUUAAUUUUGCCGUGGAUGGUAUUCGGCGUUUUUCGUGUUAG